UUGGGCAAGUUUGAGCUUGUUUUGGGCUUUUGUGGCUUAAUUUGUACUGAUGUUUCGAUAGAACAGAAUGGGUUGUACUGUUGUAUUUUGUUCUGUUGGGUCUGGAAGCGUUUCUUAUUUCUAAUUAGGCUUCUUAUUAAUCUUUUAUAACAAGGGAAUUAUCGGCGAUUAUUAGAGGGGUCCUAUCUCGAUGUGGCUAGAAAAUAAAGUCCUACUAGGCCUACUACGGGCCGGCUGGCCUACCAGUAGUAGGCUUGGCCCGGCCCGGCCCCCCAGCCUAGCCUAUUUACGUCGACCUCUACGUAGCUAAACUAAGUUCAAGGGCUACGCUAACGUUACAUUACCAAGCAGGCAUCAAUCAACAAGAGGCCCGGGACUUGCAGGCUUAGAAAGAGGUCCAAGCUAAAUGUAGGCCCUUAUCAGUCAUGCACAAUUUGAGACAAUUUUGCACAAUUUACAAAUUAUGUAAACUUUUCCUUGCACAAUUUGUAAAAAACUGCAAGGAUUCCUUUGCACAUUUUAAAAACUCUGCAAGAUUCUGCACAGUUUGCAAACUAUGCAAGCAGGUCAUUGCUUAAUUUUAAAAUGCGUGGACAAUUUUCAAACUGUUCAUGGGUAGCUCAUGCACAUUUUAAUCGAUUUGCACUUUUUGAUACUAUUUUUUUCUUCUGUUUGUGAAUAGGGGAAGUGGAUAUAUUUACGUGACUGUUUACAAAUCAGUGAACGAUAUAUCUACGUGAAAUAAAUAACACAUAUGCGUGUCCCACACACACACAUGGCCUGGCCUUGAGUCCUAGACCUAGGCUAGCAUAUCUUUUUUCAUCAGAAUAUGCCGUACAUAUCGCAAAAAAUACAUUCUGUUAAAUCAAUAUCUAAUAAUAGGUUAUAAUAUCAAUAUCAGUAAAUAAAUUUAAAUGGCACAUAUUAUGAUAAAUGCUGAAAGACAACUUGUGCAGUUUGCAUAAUGUGUAUACAGUUUAAAGCUACUUUGAAACAACAUCAGCAACUCAUAAUGAGCAAAAGGAACAGAUUGCGCACAACAUGUCCAUCCAAGGGAGGCAUCAAGACUCGCCAUAUCUUUCAUUAUUCCAGACUAUUCCUUAUUAAUGUUUCUCACCAACUUGUUUGACUACAAGACCAAUGGUGCUGCUAGAAUAUGAAAAGCACAUGUUUCUAGACCUCUUCCAUGAAGAUGGGAUUAUAGUUACAGCAAGAGGUUUGGGCAUAGAAAGGCUUUUGCUACAUUUUAUUGAAUUGCACUGUGAUCCUGGCAACCUUGUACUUGUUCUCAACACAAGCAGCCAGGAGGAGAAUUAUCUGGUUGAAGAAUUGACAAGUAAAGAAGUAAAGCUAUUGCCGAAAGUCAUCAACAAUGAAUAUAGCAUAAAACAAAGACAAGCUGUUUACCUAGAGGGCGGAGUUCUGUUCAUCACUUCACGUAUCCUGGUCGUAGAUCUCUUGACUGACCGUAUCCCUGCUCAUCUAAUUUCUGGUAUUCUUAUCUCAAAAGCACAUAGAGUUCUCAAUACGUAUCAAGAAGCUUUUAUUUUACGGUUAUACCGUGAGAAGAACAAGACUGGAUUCAUCAAGGCUUUCUCCGAUCAACCUCAGGCGUUCUCAUCCAGUUUCUGCCAGAUUGACCAUUUGAUGAAAAUCUUGUUUGUGCGCAAACUUCAUCUUUGGCCUCGGUUCCAUGCAUCUGUCAAUGCGUUUCUCGAAAAACAUCAGCCUGAUGUUGUGGAGCUGCAGUUGAGUAUGACACCACGGAUGCAAGCCAUUCAAACGUCAAUUCUCGACAUCAUUAGUGCCUGCUUACAAGAGAUAAAAAGAUAUAAUCCAAUGUUGGAUGCAGAUGCCUUUUGUGUUGAGAAGAUUAUUGGCAGGAAAAGCCUUGAUAAGCUCAUCAAAUAUCAGCUAGACCCUGUGUGGCAUCAGUUGACAAAUAAAACAAGGCAAUUGGUAGCUGAUUUGAAACUCCUUUGCCUACUACUUCAGUUUUUGGUUCAAUAUGAUUGCAUCACCUUCUACAACUACUUGAACACAUUCAGGUCGAACGAGAAAAAGUUUGGACAGAACUCUGGUUGGCUUUUCUUAGAUGCAUCUAAUACAAUGUUUCAGAAUGCAAGAGACCGAAUUUUUGGCUCAUCAAAGAACAAGAAACAAAAAACAGAAGAGGGAGAGAAAAAAGAGAAAGUAAACGAAACCAAUUCCGAAGAUUUGGAGCUUGAACCAUGUCCGAAAUGGCAGUUGUUGUUCGACACACUGAAUGAAAUCAAAGAAGAUAGUAAGACCACAGGUCAACCAAGCCGUGUGUUGAUCUGUGCAUCCGAUGAUAGAACUUGCUCACAGUUAAGAGAUUUUCUAUGCGAUGGUGCUACACCGUUAUUAUUAAAAUUAUUCAAUAAACAUUUCCAAUCUAAAACGUCAGAGACAGAUAAUGAAGAAAGUGCCGUAAGUAACAAUAAAAGGAAAAAAGAUAAAAAGUCAAAAACUGUUGAGAAUCCUAAGAAGGGAGAUGUGCUUACAUUAACCCAGAUGAUGGGAGGGACAACCGACAAUGCUGACAAUGACCAGUCGCCUGUAGACAUUGAAGUGACAUCAUUCGAUGCAUAUUAUGGAAUAUUAACAGCUCCAUCUACUGUUAUUCAUCCACUUCAUGGAAAUGAAGACCCCCAUAAUUUAACCAGGACAUUAAAAGAACUUCAACCAACAUAUGUGAUUUUGUAUGACGCAGAGAUUCAGUUUGUUCGCCAAUUAGAAAUUUAUAAAGCAUGUAGGCCAAGUGUACCACUUCGUGUUUACUUUCUUAUGUAUACUGGGUCAACAGAGGAGCAGCGAUAUUUAACUACUUUGCAACAAGAAAAAGACGCAUUUGAACACUUAAUACGAGAAAAGGCUACAAUGGUUAUUCCAGAAGAGGUUGAGGGGAAAGGUGAAAUUGCACCCCAGUUAGAACGUGCACAAUCAACAGAGCAGACAAGUUCUAGGAAAGGCGGCCAAACUUCACAUGUACAACAGAAGGUGAUAGUUGAUAUGCGGGAAUUUCGGAGUGAACUACCUUCACUAUUGUACAAGAGAGGAAUUGAUAUUGUACCUGUUACUAUUGAGGUCGGUGAUUACAUAUUAACCCCUGACAUUUGUGUUGAACGUAAAAGUGUGAGCGAUUUGAUUGGUUCACUGAAGAGUGGUCGACUUUAUAACCAGGUUGUGGCGAUGACACGAUAUUAUAAGAGACCAGUUUUACUUGUUGAGUUUGACCCCAACAAGUCUUUCUCAUUACAGACUAGAACCACCAUGACAUCUGAAACCACAUAUCAGAAUAUCUCUUCCAAGCUGGCUUUGUUAACAUUGCAUUUUCCUGCUUUACGGAUUCUGUGGUGCCCUAGUCCACAUGGAACAGCAGAGUUGUUUGCCGAACUUAAGGUUAAUCGUUUGCAACCUGAUGUAGACACUGCGUUAGCUGUGACGACUCAAACUGACACAGACUCACAGGAUGCCUACAAUCACACACCCUAUGAUAUGCUUCUUAAGAUGCCAGGAAUCAACACCAAGAACUGCUGGAAAUUACUGAAGACUGUGGAUGACCUAUCAAAAAUCUGCAGUAUGUCUAUCGAAGAGUUGAACACAUUGCUAGGAAGUGGCGCACAUGCGAAGUUGUUACACGACUUCUUGCAUACGACACAAGCACAAGGAACAACGACAUCAGAUGUUAAAAAACCAAGUCGUAGGCCGGUGAAAACCAAGUUAAAGAAAUAGCGGUGGUCAACUAGCUUAACAUGGCAGUUCCUCAUGUACAUGUCACUUACUCUGUACAGGCACGGUCAGUUGCAAAAAGUUUAUCUCCACUAUCCGAGAGCGUUUAACUACACCAUGCCGCCUGAUUAUUUAUGGUUGCAGCAGAGUGGAUUUUCACUAAAAAACAUAUGUAGGCGCUGUUUGUCGAGUUGCGUUAUUCAUGAAGUCGAUAUAGUGAGAAUACUGCAUUUUUACUGAAUCAUUAGGUGUAUAUCGGUAUCAGGCAUAGAACACUAUUGUGUUGGCUAGAAAAAUUUUUUGCAUUGAACACUUCGUGGCAAGUUGUUUAGAAUAAUAAUGUUGUGAUGAACAUCAAUGAAUAGACAAAAAUAUACAAACUGAUAGAUUGAAACUACUUAAUAAAUGUUUUAAAGCAUCAGCAA